ACUACCGCAAAACAACAGCUGAUUGAUCAAAUCCAAUUUGCAAUGUUCAAAUAAGCAGCGUCCUUACUAUGUUUUAAUAAAUUAAAGGGAAAAUAAUAAAAUAACAAAAGCCAAAAUGGAAAUUGGGUUUUUAAAGGAAGUAAAGGCUAUUCUAAAGUCCCUGGUAAUUUCCUGUCCAGAUAAAAUUACAAUAGAUCAAUUAAACCGUGACUUUCGUGAAGUUGAGGGACAUUUUAUACCAUUUAGAAAAUUGGGCUACAAUAAUUUGGAACAAUUUUUACGAAGUAUACCAGACACGUUGUUGGUCUCCGGUACUGGCCAUUCGGCUCAGGUAUAUUUUGUCAACAAUGAGAAAUCAGCGCAUAUACAUGAAAUGAUUAUGACCCAAAGGAAACCACGACCCAGAGCUAGAGGAAAGUCUAAAGGAAAAGGUGUUGGCACAAAUUUGUACAGAAAUCAGAGCUGUGGUCGCAACAACAACAAGUUUUCUCCAGCUGCCAGCACAAAUCAACGCAUGUACGGCCAACAACUGUCGCCAUUUGAAAUUACCAAAAGAAAUGUAUCGACGAGAAGAGUAACGGCAAGAGAGGUUCCUUUAAAUCUACAAACUAAUAUGCAAAAGUCUGCAGCACUAAACAACAAGGGGGCGGUAAACAACACUCAACUAAACGGAACAAAUGGAUUAGCAGCUGUAAACGUAUUGCCACAACCCAAUGGAAUUCAGCAACAAAUGAUGCAAAUGGCUGCCCAGCUUAUAGCAACGCAAGCUUCCAAUCGUAAUGUAGUGCAACCGCAUACAUUGCCCAGCAUUCAACAGAAAGCCGCAAGCUGCGUGGAUAUAAAUAGAAAAUAUCAGGAAUAUACAAAGCAACUGGCCAGCCUGAUGAGCAGUUCAUGUCAUAUAACUCAACCUUCUAUGAAAUCGGUCUCAUUUGCUCCAGAAAUUCAUAACAACGGUUAUUGUGCUAAUGAUUCAAAGCCCAACGUGCCAUCUGCUGCUCUAACGGGCGUUAUACCACCAAAACCAAAGGCCAAGCUAAUGCAAAAUUUGGAAAAACUAAUUUCGGAAUCUCGGCGGGUGCGAAAUCCUCUUGAUACUCAAGUGGAUCAGCCCAAGACAGGUGCUACUGAGUUGGAAGUAAAGAAGCCUUUAAAAACAUCUCCUAAGCGUUCAGAAAGUCCUGUUAACACUUUCAAAAAGUUAAUGGGCAUUCAUGAGGAGAAUGUUGAAGAUAUUGAUGAAGCUGUGCCAGAAUUUGCUGCCACUAGUCGAGUUUUUCGCCUUGACAUACCUAAACAUACUGUUCCCUAUGGCCGAAAAAUUAGUCCCUGUGAGAUACCCGAAGAUGUUUCAGUUGGCAAUUGCAUGAGAAUUUUUGUUUCUGAGAUUCAUAACCCCUUUAGAUUUUGGUUUCACAUACACAAAGAUCAGCACGAGUUGGAUACUUUAAUGCAUCAAAUCGAACGUUAUUAUAAUGAUCUAAAUCAAAAUGAAUUGAGAAUACCUAUAGCGUGUCUUAAUCCCGGACAGAUAUGUGCUGCCUUGUUCAAUGGCAUGUGGCAUAGAGGGGAAAUUGUGGCCCCGCCCGUCAACAAUACAGUGAAGGUGUCCUUCGUCGAUUAUGGCACCGUAUGCGAAGUCGAUAUUUGUGAUGUUAAAUAUUUAUGCACCUGCUUUUCGCAAUUGCCCGCACAAGCUUUAAGAGGCUGCUUGUCGCACAUUAUUCCACGUGGCUUGCAUUGGAGCCAUGAAGCUACCUUAUAUUUUCUAUCAAUGGUCUCGGAACUGAUGAUCUAUGCCAAGAUAACAGAAAUCGAUAAAGAGAAUUCUGUUUUCUACAUGGUACUGUGUGAUACAAAUAAGGAGGAGGUAUUGCAGAUCAAUAAAGCCUUGGUGGAGAAAAAAUAUGCCUUAUAUAAUGAUGAUUGGCAAGAUACAAAAGUUCAGCAGAAAAAUGGAAAACGCACACACCACCCCCGUGAAGACUUUCCUACGUUCUCUAUGCUUGAAUCGGGAGAAUAUCCAAGCUUUAUGGAAUUAUUUGGACUGCAAGAGCGUGGCAUUGACUACGAGCUUAUCUAUGAUCGCAUAUUAGUUAACAAAUCUGCUAUUUUGAAUAUACAGGAAAAUGUUCCAGAACCCAUCAGUAAAUUGCCAUUUUUUCUCUUAACCAAUAAUCCCUUUCGGUCGGAUAUUGUUUUGGAACUUACGACAAAGCCCUCUUAACGAUUGACUAGCUGAAACGUCGAAAUAGGCUUUGAUGCCGCUUAGUAUAUUUGGUCUCAUACUUAUAAGAAGAAAACUUAAACUGUUGAAUGUAUUAUAGAUAAACUAAUUUGGAGUGGAAAUAUGUGAA